UAUUAUGAAUCAAUUUCAAUCUGUCUGUACCCCUCAAGUGUUAUUUUUUUUCCGUCCGUUCACUGUUGGGACACAACAGUUUCGGUCUUUUGACGCGUUGACGUCUUCUCUGACAGUGAUAUGACCGAAAUUCUGUUGGUCAGUUGGCCAGAAUGUGUUACAGUAUCAAAAGUACUGGUCAGCUCCUGCGACUUGUGAUUGCUGUGCCAAGAUUGUCUCAAUAUGCAACGAUUGAUGGUGACAGAGUUACAGCUAUAUUUAUUCAUGAUGGCUAGAAUUGAUCUCGUCUGUUUGAUUUGAUGGAGUACAGAUGGAUUCCAUUUUAUGCCAACAAACAACCAAGUGCUUGACAGAACAUGGAUGGGGUUUCUUACUUGGAAAUUGUCCGUAGGUUUAGAAAAAAAAAAUUAUCGACAAGUGGUGGUCUGUCUUUUAUUUUCAUAAUCCUAGCCAGCUAGCUAUAGUGCACGGUCAACAUAAAUUGUGUGUUUGGCUGCAUUUGUGGAUGUUUUUUUUUUCCAUGUGUGCGUUUUUGUGAAAAUGAUAAAGGAAAAUAAGCCACAUCGGCAUUAUUCUACAAUGAAUGGCCGAGGUGACGUCCAUUCAAAAUGUGCUUCUAUGAAAUCGUCCGAGUCUUGCACGGCAAACUUUCUAAAGAAAUAUGGCGAUCAAAAAUACCGGACUCGAAAGUUCAACCUGAACAUGUACUGGUAUGGCUCCUUGUAUCGUAGACUUAACAGAUGGGAGCGCACCUGGAGCUUACAUCACAACCCCAUAUAUGAUUCCGAAAAUACGUAUCUUAGUUUUGCCAACCCCAACUAUCAGUUUGAAGACCGUAUGAACUCUAAUAUGAAGAAGAGCGGAAGUGAGGACCGCGAUUCCUGUAUCUUCGACGAUGUUGAUGACAUCAGCACGUUAUCCCUGCUCGACCAGAAAUCCAACAAAAACGGUACUACAGAAACCAACAAUAAAAACUAUACCCCAGAAAACAAACGUCUCAUUUCUGAUUCUUCCAGUGAAAAUCUGAGCUCUUCAGAAGGGGAGGAAGAAUUGUCUAGUGACGAAGACAAUGAAAAUGAGUACAUCACAAUGUACGAAACUAAAAAGCUGACUGAAGAUUUGAACCGAGCCAAUGAGAAGGACUCGGCCCAGAAGGAGGCGAAUGAUAACGCGGGCAAGAAGAACCGAGGGUUCCUGGGAUACUACAGCAUGCUGGAGUCAAAGGCCAGGGAAAAGCAGGUUAACAAUAUGCUGAGUCCAGACACUGAGGAUGAGCCGGAGAGCACCAUGACAACGCCUAGUGUUGAGAACCUCCGCAAACUCAAGUUUGAUUUGAAUUCUCCAGACUCCAAUGACAGUGGAAUCCAGUCAGAUGCGCGUUCUGAUGACGGUUCGCACCAUCAUGGCUCCAUUAACGAUAACAUGUACGCGCUUUCCAACAAGACGCCAUUGUCGACCAGCUCGUCUAUGUCUGCCAGCUCCUCUAUGUCUGCCAGUACCUCCAGCUCCAUAGAGGAGAAAGAGGACAGCAAGGAGGACGAACAGACACCCACAGGGGAAAAUGACAAGGAUACGACAGUGCUUCCUGCUGGAUGGGAGAAGUGUGAAGAUGAAGACGGACCCUACUAUUGGCACGUUAAGAGUGGAACCAUCCAGAGGGAGCCACCAUCUCCUGCACCCCCGGAGACCAAACCAACGACCUUGAGAUCGAUAUCUGUCAACAGCGACAGUAGCACUCUGUCGGGGACGAGUACUAGUUCCACGGUGUCAUCGCCCUCCAGCUUAAACUCCAACACAGAAGAACACCUCAAGACGUUUGAAGGUCACGCCCUUCAGUAUGCCGCCAAGUCUCUUCAGUCCCUGUCAUCUGGGAAUCUCCAAAUUCAGUCUGGAGAGCCCCCUGCAGAGAAGCCGAUGCGGUUUGCUGUACGGUCUCUGGGGUGGGUCCGCAUCGCCGAGGAGGAUCUGACCCCCGAGAGAAGCAGUAGGGCAGUCAACAAGUGCAUCGUUGACUUGUCUCUCGGACGUAAUGACAUCAACGACGUGGUUGGGCGCUGGGGAGAUGGUAAGGAUCUGUACCUGGACCUGGACCGACACAGCCUCAGACUGGUCGACACCCAGGAGUUCUCCAUCCUGAACUCCCAACCAAUCCAGUCCAUCAGGGUCUGGGGGGUCGGCCGUGACAAUGGCAGAGAAAGGGACUUUGCCUAUGUGGCGCGGGAGAAGCAAACGAAGAAGCACAUGUGUCAUGUAUUCCGUUGUGACACGCCCGCGCGACAAAUCGCCAACUGCCUGCGUGAUAUCUGUAAAAAGAUAAUGAUGGAGCGCCGUCUGCAGGAAAAUGCAGUAGUACAGCGCCUCAGUCGUCCCACGGACCUACCGAACCUUGGCAAGUCUUCUGAACCCAACGGGCAGAAACUGUCCUUCCAGUCCCUCUAUAACAAUGCUUCUUUCCCCACCCCCAUGGAGGAGCCAAAGAAGAUCAUCCGCUGUCAUUAUAUCGGUCUGGAGUGUGUCACAAGGCCUUCAGGGACAGAGGUGAUCAAUGGGGCUAUUGACGCUGCCCUUCUGCGAGUUCCGCCAGAAAAGUGGCUUUUUGUCAACGUCAACAUUGCUCCCUCUACCAUUACCAUUUCCGAGCAUGGGAAACCUGAGAACAAAAUUGACGAAUGUCGUGUGAGAUACCUGGCGUUCAUGGGAAUAUCUGUAACAAAUCCAAAAGUGUGUGCGUUCAUCAAUCAUGGUGCGGAGGAUCAGUUCUACGCCCAGGUGUUCCACUGUGAGCCGACAGCUGGACCACUGUGUAAAACCAUAGAGGCAGCUUGUAAGCUGCGGUACCAGAAGUGUUUGGAUGCCCACCCAACAACCCCUACCCCCAAACAACCCACAGGCAAGACUAUAAGUGAAGCCCUCAAAUCUGGUGCCCAGUCCGUUCAAGCAAGUGUCAAAACAGGGGCCCAGUCGAUGCAAGCUGGGGUCAAAACAGGGGCCCUCAGUGUUCAAGCAGGGGUCAAGACAGGGGCACUUAGUGUCCAUGCAGGGGUCAAGGCUGGACUAUCCAGUGUCCAUAGUGUAUUUACACGAUUUAAAAGUAAAGCGUUGAGUCCCAAGGAGGAAACUCCCACAGCAAGCUGAUGAUGAGAGUCGGCCUUACACAAUACCUUGGGUGCUUGCUUCAGACAUAGUGUCCAGAAUAUGAUUGAAACUCUCAAGUCUCCCACCAAGUAACCAUGACGACAGUUGCUAGGGUGGUUUUUCUGCUUGCGACACCCUGCCAAACGGAGCCUAGCUGUCAUACAGGAAGUUCGUGAUGUCGUGUAAUUUUGGGCGAGCUACUGCAGACUUUACAUUUGUUGUUACGAUGAGGUUCCUGUCAUGUACUGCACAUGUUACCUGUGGUCAGAUGACACUCUUUGUGAAGUAGCUGUAGAUAGGUGUACAUGUGUAGACACUCAACAUAUAGGUCAUAGGUCAGAGUAGAAGUCAUAGGUCAGGCAUGCCAAUCAAAAUGUCACUAUCGUACAAUAUACAUUGUGAUUAUUACAAUUUUACAUAAAAAUAUUGCUUUUGACUUGAUGUGAUAAUGUGAACGUUCCAAGCAUUCAUGUGACAUUGAUUUAUGAUGUGAAUGUUCUUAAAGCAUCCACAUGACACUGAUUUAUAAAAUAGAUGGACCAAACAUUGAUAAUCACAUUGAUUUUUUGAUUAUUUAUUUUCAACCAUAUGCUUGAUGCAUUGAAUAUUAUACAUGUACUAUAAUUAUGUAUAUGUCUUAAGCAUUCGAUGUGUAAAAUGUUGAAUUGUCAAUUUUGAAUACUACAUUUUGUAGAUUGUAUCACCAAGCAGUUUAUUAAUAUAACUGUCUUGUAUUAAGAGUGUUAAUGGUCAAUCUUUGUUUUCAUCGUAAACUUUUACAUAAUUACGAAUAUGUUAGAAUAGGACGUUGCGAUAAUUGAUUUAUGAAUUGCAAUAUAUUUACUACAUCAAUGCUUUUGCUAUGUUUACGAUUUGGUAACAUAGCGAUGCUUACGCUACUCAUGUAGUGGUUGCGUUCAUCACUAACUGUGACACUAAAUAAUAGUUGCCAUGGUUACAUUUGUCUGUGUGCAAUAUCAAUCACUCACACCCUCGUUUCUAGCAUUAGACAUUGACCAUAUCGCUGUAAAGUGUUCAUCUGAAUGUGUCUCUAUAAUAUUAUUGUAGUGAAAAGAUCUGCUUGUAUCCUAAAGUUUCUCACACAUAGAUCAUUUUGAUAAAAUCAUUAAGAGUCUCAAUUCCAUUUUUAUUUAUUCGAAGUAAGAUUUUUAUACUUAAUAAUAUCCUUUAUAUCCGAGUAGUAACUUAAAUCAUAAAAAACUGAUAGAAAUGUAGAUUUUAAAUCUUAUACACCAAAAAUGCAUUUUAUGUUUGAUUUUAGUUUUCCUGGAUAAGGUUUUAAAACCAUCAUCAUGGAUGGAGUACUUGUAAUUCUUUUUGUAAGAUCUUGUUUGAGAUAUAUAUGUACCCGAUAGAUCUGGGAUAUGAGAUCUUGUUUUUAUUAUUAUCACAUUUUAUCCUUGUAAUCAGUAGAAGUUACUUAUGUCAGCCAUUAGAAGACAUCAAUGUCUUUUUGAGAGGAAAAAAAAUGAGAUUUUAUUUUACUAUUAUUCAGAUAUUCAGUCAUGUCUUUGUAUUUCUUGUAAGAUUUUUUAUCGCAUCUUUAUUAUCUUUUAUAACCCUGAUUCUUCAUAUGUGUACAAAUUUAUUCUUAGACUCAUGGCCAAUCUAACCACUAGCUAAUUUGUAAGAUCUUUAUAAGUUAUACAUCACCACCUAUUUAUAUAUAUCUUACUAUACAGAAACUUUUCCCCCUAUUAACUUGUCCUGUCCAUGUGUUUCUACAUUAAUAAAUGGAGCAGUUUGAUUUUCUCAUUUUGAGAUCACAUAUUUAUGCAAGCUUUUAUGCUGUGUUUACAAUUUUUUCUUCCGAAUAUUUUUGUUGUUAGUAUUUUUUAACUUCGAAAAUAUUGAACAUUUUUUUCCAAACCAGCUGCUUUAACCCUGCAAAUACAUGAAAUUAUAAUGUUGACAUUACUUUAUAAAAAAGUGAUUAAUUAUAAACUGUAUCAUUAACUGUUAUGAAAAGGAGAUAAAUAUGAUAAUUUAUUAUACAAAUAUAGAACAUAAUGCUUAUCUGGUGUGUAAUGAAAGUUGUAUCAUAUUAAUAUUCAGAUUGUGAUAUGAAGAGUUAUUUCCCUUGAAUCUUCAAAUGCAUACAUAUUAUCUCUAAGAACAGUUAUUCACACAUACUGCAUUUAACCUAGCUUGUAAGGAAAUGAUAUGCUAACAAGAAAUACAUUACUCCCCAUAUGUGUUGUUCUUGAUUUGUUUUCAGUGAUUUAUUUUAUACUAUUUAAAAUAAUAUAUGACCUGUAUAUUUAAAGUUAUUUUACUUACCGUAACAUUGUUCUAAAUUUGCAUUUGUACUUAAUUGAAUUAGCAAACACAAUUAGGGCAAUUUAUUAAACAUAUCCCAAGCAGAUGUUAUCAGUACAUGUAAUUAGAUUUAAAAAUAAUAGAUCACAUCUGCACAUUAAUGAAUGAAAAAAAUAUCUCUUUGAGGUUAUAUUGGAACAUGUAUUUAAAAAUAUCCCAACAUCUGAAUUUAUAAAAACAGAUCUAGCAACAGUGCCUGAAAAAGCUUAACAUUUAACCCUUUCACCACUGUAGACCAUAAUGGACUCAUCAAGAUCAAUGCAUGGUAGAGUCUACUAAAGUUACCAAGGGGUGAACGGGUUAAAGACGUGAUCAACAUUUUCUAUCUUUCUCUGCUUUUCUACCUUCCAGGAUUUUUAUAGUGCCAUAGACUUGCUUUCAUUUUUUUAAACUAUUACUUUAAAUAUGAUGUAGCCUUUGAAACUGAAUUUUAUCUUGUUUUGUGUUCCUUUUGGUUUAAAUAAUUAGAAUUUUUAUAAAUGUGCCUGGUAAUCUUGUUAACUUCAUCGUUGUGUAAACCAAAGGAUUUUGGGCAUUUAGUAAAACAGUUGUGAUAUUUAAAUAUUACCUUUUACAAAAUAUCAGUUCUCUAUUGUUUAUGAUUAUAAAAUGCUUUUGCUUUUUAAAAUCAACCCUUAACCCAAUUUAUUUGUGCUUCCGCUAUCUAGCCUGCGAUAGAAAUAUCACGAUAAAUAUUUGACCGUAGAUUUCUGUUGAAGGAGGAACUGACUAUAUUCCAUUGAAUCAGUGCAAUGUUGUUGUAAAAUUUGUUAAUUAUCGUUGGCUUGUUACAGGUUUUUGACAAACAAUUUUUUAAUUCAAAUCAAAUCAGGAUAUUUACCUGGUUAUGUUUUAUUAAAGAAAGAUUUAUUUAUUUAUUUAUUUUUUUUUUUUAUUAAAUGUCAUUUUUGGCCUAUUAAAGAUGAUAUUUAGGUAAAUAUAAAUUGUAGAUUUUGUGUGAUGGACAGAAUGCUGUGCACUUUUGUGUGAAAUCUAGUAAAUUUAACAAUUUGUCAAUAACUUCUGACCUUUGUGGCUAGAAACACGACACAAAGUAAACAUAAAUGACUUUUUAUCAUUUGUUUUUGAUUGAGAUUGUUUGGAUUGUUUUAGCUUUAAUUUAAGGAGAAGUGAUAACAGUACCGUAUUAUUGUUGUAUUUAUUAUGUAAUUUAUACUUGUAUUGUGUUAACACUGCGUAACAGUUUACACACAUCAUAAGGCUGUGUAUAUCUAGGUUAGUGACUUUACAUAGAGGUGUAUCACGUUAAAAAGAUAAUCAUAGACUACUUGUAGUAUUUAGAGACUACAACUAUCAUAUAUAUCUAUAUGUAUUUCCUGCUGUGUUUCUGGACUACUCACAGGUAGCAAUCACAGGCAACUAGUGAUAGCAUACAUGUACUACUGGUACUGUUCACAGACUACUUGUGAUGUCCAUGGGCUACUUGUAGUGUUCAUGGGCUACUUUAACUAUUCAUGGGCUACUUGUAGUGUUCAUGGGCUAGUUUGAGUGUUCAUGGGCUACUUGUGGUGUUCAUGGGCUACUUGUGGUGUUCAUGGGCAACUUGUGGUGUUCUUGGGCUACUUGCAGUUUUCAUUGGCUGGUUUUAGUGAUCAUGGCCUACUUAUAGUGUUCAUGGGCUACUUAUGGUGUUCAUGAGCUACUUGUAGUGUUCAUGUACUACUUUAACUGUUCAUGGACUACUUAAGUGUUCACGGACUACUUGUGGUGUUCAUGUACUACUUUGAGUGUUCAUGAGUUUAUGGCACUGUUCAUGGACUACUUAAGUGUUGAUGGACUACUUGUGGUGUUCAUGGAUUACUUUUAGUGUUCAUUGAUAACUUAUGGUGUUCAUAGACGUCUGGUAGCAUUCAUUGACUAUUGGUCGAGUUCAUAGACUCUUGCUACUACUUGAAGUGUAGUUUUGUAUUAGCUUUACAUUCCAGUCCUUGAUGGAUCAGUUUAUACCAUUAUUUUACCUGUAAUUAUUUCAGGUAUGACACAAGAGAUGCUGGUGUGAUGUAAAUGGUUUUCUAUUUAGAUUGAUGUCGUGUGACACAAACUAAAAUGUGUCUCCUUUCAAAAUUUUCUUUUUUAUAUCAGAAAGACAUGCUUCCUUCAAAUCCAUGUUACAUAAAGUAAAAAAACACUACCUUCGUUCUUUGAAGUGCAAAAGGUUCAAAGAUUCCAUUAUUUGUGGUUAAAGAUAUAGUUUUCUAUCACCCUUCACACAAUUAAGUCAUGUAUGUCCAUUUCAAAUGGAUAUUAUUCGAUUAACUUUGUUCCCUGUGUUUGUUUUGUGAAUCUUUUGUUGGUCGUUGGCCUGUGUGAAUGCCUUGUCUAACACACAAAACCAAGGCGAUAUGUACAGUUUUUGAUAUGCUUUGUUGGCCAGUAUUGAUAAUUGUGUUAUUUUUUUGUGUGUUUUGAUGAGAACUUAUUACGUGUAUUUGUGGAUAUACACUGUGUUAUGUUACAUUAUAUAUAAGGUUGUACUCCAUUGUAUUCCCAAGUUAUAUAUUAAAUCGCGACAAGCGUGACUUCAUUGUCUUCUGUCCAAUUAUAUCACUAUAAACCUUGAUGCAUAAUGUUGUAUUUUAAUUAGCUUGCAAGCAGGUAGCCAUGUUUAACCUUUAGUAAAUAUAAUUUAUGAUUUGUAAUUCGAUGGAUUUUUUAUUUGUCUGGCUGGAAGGUUUUAUCAACACAUCAGGAUUUGUCUCCCCUUGCCUGCUCUCGUCUGAUCACAAGAAUCAUUAUCAAAUGAAAUAAAUAUUUCAAGUUUUAACAUAAAUAUUAAUUGUUACAUCGUUGAUUUGCUGUAAGAAAAAAUUAAGAUUUAAUUUUGAGAAUCAGUUAAAUGCAUUUAAAAGUUGUAUCUUGAUAAAACUUUUUCUCUUCCUUUUUUUCUCAAUUAAUAAUGGAAAUAACUUUUUUUCUAUCAAUACCUAUAGUUCUUUGAUUGUCAUGUUUUUCUUGUUACCAUGCAAAUUGUUAAUACUUUCCUGUCUGGUCCGUUUCUAUGUAUCAUUAUCAUACCACGGCCGUAUCUUUAGAUGUUCUUCCUCGUCACUAGUGGCAACGCUUUAUCACACCACCAUUUUGUGUUGUCGUGGCAAUGUCUGGUUAUACAAAAGCUUCCUGUUUUGUGACUUGUAUUAUCGCAUCAACACCAAAUUUGUUGAAGGAAUCAUGACGUGGAAUAAAAUCAGUUACCCAUAUCA